ACGGGCCGUGAAGGCAGCAGGGAUGAUGCAGCGUUAGCAGGUUCGAGCUACCGGCGGCUACAACCGGAGGAUGUCCCACCCUCUGUAACCGUCACCGAGCACUCCCCCGGGGGCUUUCAUCGGCUCUCACACCCGAACCGGACUAACUUGUUUAGAACUUGGGCCGAGAGAUGACGACGCGGUCGGAGCGGGAGAAAGCCCAGAAGCUGAACGAGCAGCACCAGGCCAUCCUGUCCAAGCUGCUGCGGGAGGACGACAACAAGUACUGCGCGGACUGCGAGGCGAAAGGUCCUCGAUGGGCGUCAUGGAACCUCGGGGUGUUCAUGUGUAUCCGCUGCGCCGGCAUCCACCGCAACCUGGGUGUCCACAUCUCCAGAGUCAAAUCUGUCAAUCUGGACCAGUGGACAUCUGAGCAGAUCCAGUUGGAGUUUGUGGGUGUGCUUGCAUGUCUGUCGUGUAUUUCAGUCCUUAAUCUUACCCUCAGAGCAGUGGAGGUCUUCAUCCGGGACAAGUACGAGAGGAAAAAGUAUUACGACAAGGAGGCCGUGGCUACAGCUCCAAAGGAGCGUGAAAAGAAAAAAGAGGAGAAGAAGAAAGAGAAGGAUGUUGAUAAAGGGGAGAGACUCAACAACACAAAGUCUGAGUGUAGAGCCAGUCCCAAGGAAAGCUCCGAGCCGGCUGUGGACCUGCUGGGCCUUGAUGCUCCUGAGGGUGGUGGGAAGGGCCCGGGCGGUGCUUCACCAAUCAGCGAUGAACUGGACAUCUUUGGACCAAUGGUCUCCAACCCUCUCCCCUCGUCCAACAACGCACAGCAGGCCCAGUCUGGUUCCAGUACAGCAGCUCCGCAGGCAGACCCCUCCACCUCUUCCUCUGCCUCCUCCUCUACCUCCACCACCACCACCACGAAGGCGGAGCAGAAGAAGCUUUUAUCUAAAGACUCCAUCCUGUCUCUGUACGCCAGCAGCUCGGUGGGCAGUCAGCCGCAGAGUCAGCAACAGCCUGCUCCAGGACAAGGAAUGUACAACAUGGGCCAGCCUCAGAUGCAGUUCACUCCGCAGGGUUUCGCUCCAGGGAUGGGCGGAGCCGGCCCACCCACCACCAUGAUGGGCGGAGGGGCCGUGAUGUCCGGCAUGGCUCUGCCCAACGGCGGCUACGUGGGCGUGCCGCAGCAGCCGCAGGGCGCGAUGCCAGCCGGCCAAGGUCAGAACUUGUACGGCGUGCAGCAAGGACAGCAGCAAGGACAGUGGAAUAUGAGCCAGGUAAAGAGACAAAGACACACGUUAUCCAGACACUUCAUUCGUUUUAUGAUGACCGCAGCAGCUGUCCAGGCAUGCCAUGAGCCCGGUAGGGCCGCGCCAGCCACUUCUCAGCCCAGUCAGGGCCGCCCCGCCCGGUUGGCCCGCGGCUCCCACCCGCAGCUCCGGCCCCAGACCCUCCAGCCACUUCAGCUGUGA